GUGCGCGCAGGACUCCUUUUACAUCAUUUUAAUUUAAAAGUAGCAUAAAAAAUACUCAUACUAGUUCAAGUUAUAAUAUUCCUAUUUUAUAUUAGGAAUUUUCAUGGUCCUGUGCAGAUGCGUAGAUUCGUAAAUGCCCAAUUGCAAAUUUUUGGAUUUUCGAACAUAGCUUCUCGUAAAAACAAAAAAACAGUAAAACCACGUUCGGAUUUUCGGGUUAGGGGGGCAAAUAUUUAAAUUUUGUUUAUCAUGGAAGUAACAUUCAUGUUUAAAAAAAUGUAGAAUCAUCUUAUAUUACAUAUGUAAACCGAUCUAUUGAAACAAAUUUUAAAGUGGUUUAAUAGGAAUUGAUAACUUACAUUGCUCCAGCUGGCUUUAUUUAUUUAUUUUUUGUAAAAAUGUCUAUCAACAGAAAUUUUCCUGCUCUUCAAAAUGAUAGAAUUUUAAAGGCAGCAAGAGGCCAAAAACCAGAUAAAAUCCCUGUCUGGGUCAUGAGACAAGCAGGGAGAUAUUUACCAGAAUUCCAAGAGUUUAGAAAGCAACAUAGUUUUUUUGAAAUAUGUCAGAACCCAGAGUAUGCCUGUGAGGUAACCCUGAUGCCCUUAAAACGGUAUGACCUGGAUGCAGCUAUUAUUUUUAGUGAUAUCUUAGUGAUUCCCCAGGCACUUGGAAUGGAAGUUUUAAUGAAAGCUGGAGUUGGUCCUGUAUUGCCAGAACCUCUAACUUUGGAAAAAGCUGCAACUUUUAAAGCUGAUGGAGCUGCGAAAACACUUGAAUAUGUAGGAGAAGCCAUAAAUCUGACCAGGCACAGGCUAGAUGGAAAAGUGCCAAUAUUUGGAUUUAGUGGUGCACCUUGGACUCUCAUGAGUUACAUGAUUGAGGGAGGUGGUUCAAAAACCUAUUCUAAAGCAAAAAAAUGGCUGUAUGCUCAUCCGGAACAAUCACAUUCACUAAUAAGCAUUUUAACAGAUGUAAUUAUAGAUUAUUUCGUAAUGCAGAUUGAAUAUGGAGCUCAGAUAGUGCAACUGUUUGACAGCAACGCUGAAUAUCUUAAUAAAGAUCUCUAUGCUACAUUUUGUCUUCCUUACUUGAAGAAGAUCUCUGUAGAUGUAAGGAAAAAACUCAAAGAAAAAAACCUUGAAGAAGUUCCAAUGGUCCUAUUUGCAAAAGGAGGCUGGUACUGUCUAGAAGAGCAAGCAGACUUAGGAUAUGAAGUUCUGGGCAUAGACUGGACAGUAGAACCAAAAUAUGUCAAAAAUCUUCUAAAAAAUAAAAAUGUCACUCUUCAAGGGAACUUAGAUCCAACAGCCCUUUAUGCUCCAGGUGCUGACCUGAAAAAAGUUACCCAAAAAAUGCUUGACGCUUUUGGAGGUGACAAGUACAUUGCCAAUUUAGGGCAUGGAAUAUACCCUGAUGCCCCAAUAGAAUCUGUUAAUGUCUUUAUUGAGACUGUUCAUGAUUUUAUUGUAUAGAAAUGUUAUUAUUUUGUUGCUUAUAUUGGUGGUGUAAAGAAAAAUAAACAUUUAGUAUUAA